CCCUCAUAAGUCCCAUAUCAGUUGGGCCGACGGAGACUAUUGCCACGACGCCCUCAUCGGCACCUCAGUCUCCAGCCGAUACCCUAACACCGAUCGCCGGGACACCGAUCGCUUCGACACAACCAUAUUGAUACCCCAACCCCGGAUUCCUCGGAGUCUCGAGCCACUCUACGAUCUUCAGCCAUGUCUUCUCCGGUGACGGGCAUGGUGCUGCCUCCGAUGCAGACUUGACUCAGCAGUCUAGCUUGGCGUCGCCAAUCGAUCUAGUAGGCAACCAGGUUGUCAUGGACAAGGCGAUGCAUGCACUAUCGCGUCUAGAGAAGAUGGACAUCUCCAGAGUCACGCCUCUUGUGUGUUCUUGGCUCGGAAGAGGUGUGAACUUGCCUUUGGCUGGGCCUGUUGUCAUUGAGUGCUUAUACUCUAUGGAAAAUUGGAGGAAGGUGCUUACUCCGACGAGCAAUAAUUCUAGGGAGGGCGAUGGCUGCGGCUCCGGAAUCACAAGUGCUGGCUACGUGGCAGCUCUAUUGACCAACACACUACGACCUAUCGCCUUGAGUUCUGAACUAACCAAACAGGAGUUCCUAGCUCAGAUGGGUGGAUCAAACUUGAGGUGGGAGACGUUGGUUAUCUUCUUCGUCGCUGCAGCCAGGGCAGCUUACGACACCUCCUACUUCCCGCCACUGUAUACAACAAGUGAACAACGGCGAAGACUGAUGCAGGCACUAACUUACAUCGGUGACUACUGCUUAGAAACAAGUCUGUCCCUCGAUUGUUUAAAUGAUCUGCAGUUGAUCCUCCAGUAUGAAAACUUCAUCGUGCAUUCUCAUCUGGACGGAGAUCAGAGUUACCAUUCAUGGAGACGAAUUGGGGAUCUUGCAAGUUUUCUCUUCGCGUUGGGUUACCAUGAGAAGAUCGAGAGGUGCAAUCCGAAUGUCCCACCUUUCGUCAUUGAGCUGCGAAAGGCUUGCUUUUCUCGAAUCUACACUGCCGACAAGGGCUUAGCUGUAUUUCUUGGACGACCUCCAAUAAUAGUGAAGGACUACUGUCAUUUCCAAAUACCAAAGGUACACGAUGGGUGGAUUGAAGAAGAGGCCGGCGACGUACGGAUUGCACAAUCAGAGCCCAUCAACUACAACACCGAUGCGCGUUGCGUAGCCCGCUUCUCAUUUCUUAAGCAAGAGGUGCUUCAACUUCUGAGAAGAAAGAAUAUGACAAAUGUCACAAGAAAUAUCAGUGACUUUCGUCACAAGGUUGAAGCGCUAUGGCAAGAUUUGCCGAGUCAUUUCAGGCUCAAUUCGAGUCUCCGAGAUUGUCAACAAAGUCCCUUCGAACGAGACUUCUUGGCCCAUAUCAGGCUAGAUUAUCUGCAUAACUUGUUCCUUUUGGGGCUCGUUUCACAACAACCUAUCUCCGAGCCUAAUGACGAGCUGCUGAAGGUUGCGAUAGAAAUGCUUUCGAUCGUGGUUGAGGUUAUUCCACUGCGCGACCAGCUGGUCAACUCGGGCACGUGUCUGAUUUGGAAAGUUGCGCAAUACGGACUCCCCGCUGCCGGGGUCAUCUCGCUGGCGUUGUUGAAGGCUAAUGCGGAGUCGGACGUGUUUCUGCACUCAAGAUCCAAGAUGAUCCAAGACCUCUGUCGGAUUGGAAGCCCAAUUCGACCUGUUUUGGUCGCCGAGACUAGAACCGGAGCUUGGAUCCAGGCCGGCGAACCGAAUUUUGCGUUAUUCACCCGAGAAACUGGGACAAUACAGACAAUGCUUGACUCUUUGCUCGCUUUGAGGUCAUCUGCGGAAGAAGCUCAGACGACAAAUGAUGCCCCUCUUGAAGUGUGGGAACCUUAUUCCAAUCACGAGCUUUGGGACUUUGAAAUGGAGUUCUGGUCUAAUCUCGCAGAGCACCCUACUCUGCUUUCUUAA